AUGUCUCCCCCAAAGAACGACGCAGAGUGGGCUGCUCUGAUUUCUACUAUUAAAGACUCACUCCCCGAGGCUUUCCCUGAAUACAAGACACCAUUACCAUCCGAAGUUAAUCGUACGAUUGAUCACACUCAGUUGGCGUUGACUGCGACGGAACAACAGAUCGACCAGCUGUGCGCCGAAGCCCUUCAAUACCAGUUUGCGACUGUCUGCGUCCGCCUAAACCAUGUCCGUCGCGCGGUACAGGAACUUAAAGGAAGCUCUGAUGUGAAGGUGGCUUGCGUUGUGGGAUUUCAUGAGGGCAUGUAUGAGACCUCAGAGAAAGAGCAGGAAGCCCGGGAUGCAGUUGAACAGGGAGCCGCCGAGCUGGAUAUGGUUCUCAAGUAUCCUCUCUUGAAGGAAGGAAAGUAUACGGAUGUCUACACAGAUAUACUAGGUGUGCGGAAGGCAGCACCGUCGCCGAUUAAAUUGAAGGUCAUCCUGGAGACUUCGCAGCUCUCACGGGAGGAGAUUAUUGCGGGGUCGGUCAUUGCGGAUGUGGCUGGGGCUGAUUUUAUCAAGACCAGCACAGGAUUCAAUGGGCCCGGUGCCAACAUUGACAACGUGGCCCUCAUGCGAGCCACUGCGGGUUUGGUAGGCAAUGGAUGCAAGGUUAAGGCUAGCGGAGGAGUGCGCUCAGCGGAGGAUUGUAUUCGCAUGCUGAAAACAGGAGCCGAACGGAUUGGCACUAGUUCCGGAGUGAAGAUCAUGCAGGAAUUGAAAGGAGAGGCAGUUGGUGAACAGGGAGCGCAGCAGGCGGUACCUGACCCUGCGGUGGAGACCGACGUCAUCAAGAACCAUCCUUAUCGGCUCCCUUCGUACUCUGUUCCAAAGCCCCCUUUGUCUCCUCGUUUGCGGCCCAAGAUGCGACGCCCCAAUGUUCCCAAGAAACGCAAGACCUCUCACGACCACGGUCAGCUUGAUAAUGGCGGCCAUUCAAAUUAUGUCUUCACCUCGAAGCCUACCGCUGUUUUUACCCCAACUGGUGGCCGAUCGCAUACAUUGACUGUCGCUAUCCCAGGCAGCAUCGUGGCCAAUGCUCAUUCUGUGGAGCAAAAGACUCUCUUGGCUGGUAUCAUCGCACGUGCCCUCGCCGUCUUUUGUGUUGAUGAGGUAGUGGUGUUUGAUGACGAUGAGAAUAGUCCGCGCGAUACGUACCACGGCCAAGGUAAUUAUCACGAGUUCCCUAUAGACAAAACGAGUGGUGCGCUCAACGGUAACGACUCCUCUGCCAAACGGUAUACCGCAUACUCGGACCCAUCGAACUUCCUGGCGCAUAUACUUUCGUACCUCGAGACUCCACCAUAUCUUCGUAAACAUCUCUUUCCGAUGCAUCCAAAUCUCCGUGGAGCUGGUUUACUACCCAGCCUCGAUAUGCCGCACCAUCUUCGCGCCAACGAAUGGUGUGAAUACCGUGAAGGAAUUGUCGUGUCUAGUUCCGAUGGUGGCGGGCAGAGGAGGCAUAGUACACAGAUGAGCAACUAUCAUAAUAACCGUCGUCAUUCACCCAGUAGCCCUACUAAUUUUAGUGCUACCGUGAUUGAUACCGGUCUUCCUAAAAAGGUCGUCCUCCCCGACAUCCAGCUGCCCGAAUAUGCCCGCGUAACCGUCCGGUUCCCCGACUAUGGUCGCGAGCACUAUGCGCAGCCCGUACAUCCUUCUACUCCUCGUUCUGAAGCCGGGUACUAUUGGGGCUACUAUGUGCGUCGCUGCCGAUCUUUGUCGUCUGUAUUCACCGAAUGCCCAUUCGAUGGCGGUUAUGACCUCUCCUUUGGAACGUCCGAGCGAGGCGCCCCAGUCUAUUCGGUUCUAGAGGAAGAUCGACAAGAGCAUGAUAAUUAUGAUCGACGGAAAAUCCCGCCGGACUACAAGCACCUCCUUAUUGUGUUCGGUGGUGUAGCAGGGAUUGAAGCAGUAGUUCACAACGACCCUCAACUCUGCGACAUGGAUAUUCGCGCGACCGAAGCUGGGAAGCUUUUCGAUUACUGGGUCAACCUUCUUCCUGGCCAAGGGAGUAGAACAAUCCGCACCGAAGAGGCUGUUUGGCUGGGACUGACGAGUCUCUGGGGCUUAGUGGAAGGUACCCAUCGGCCGAGACCAUCGUAUAAAUCGAGCAAUUUCUAA